ACACUCAACUUUUGUGUCUCCAACCGAGGGGUCCCUGACUGAAGAGAAACCGGUGCUCUUUGCUCAUGGUUUACAGAGGAGAAGGAGUCGUCGUCUCUGUUUGUAGAAUUUGGAAGCAUAUUCAUUUUGCCUAAUAUGCGAAUUAGGUUUUAAUAAGAUAGAUAAUCGCUCUGUGGACUUUCGACGGCGAUGGUCGGGUCUAUUCUUAAGCUCCUCCUGGUGGAAUUGGAAUUGGAAUUGGAAUUGGUCUCUUCUUCUUCUGCGGAUUUCUGUUGCGGUUUCUUCAGCUAUGUUUGAUUGGGACGAGGAAGAGCUUUCAAAUAUAAUAUGGGGUGAGGCUGGUGAGGCUGAUGACCAUAUUGUGCCUUAUACUGAGGGAAGUGAUGAGAGACCUCGAGGUUUAUAUGAUCAUAUAAAAAAGGAAUGGAAUCAUGAAGGUACAAAUUCAAAGCCAGCUGAGCAGAAGAAAUGUGUUGCUAAAAACAAUUACACUGGGGGUAAACAAGAGGGUUCCUCUCAAAAUGACACCACUGGGGGAGUUCCUGUGGCAGGAUAUAGCAUGGAUCGAUGGCCUAAUUUGUCUUUAUCACAUGCUGCUGAAACUGAUCAGGAUUCCAUGGGAACUGACAGUUUAACUGAAAUCACCAAAUACAAUUCCUCUAGGGGUGAUGAGACAUAUCAAGUAGACAAUGGUUCUCAGAUUUUUCAGAAGCAGCAUGAAGAAAGGGAGCAAACUGAUUUUGUUGACUAUGGUUGGGCCAACAUUGGAAGCUUUGAUGAUCUUGAUAGGAUUUUCAGCAACGAUGACCCAAUAUUUGGACAAGUAAGUCUUGGGAAUUCAAAUCAGCCAUGGUUGUCCUCCAAAAAUGUAACUGGCACUCCUGAAAAAUCUUCUCCAUCAUCUAUGGAUUCUCUACGUUUGGGUUUAGGAGCAUCGAGGAGUACAUCUGGGCAUUUUGAAGUUAAAACAGAAUAUCUACAAGAUCAAGACCAGUUUUUCAUCCAUGGCUAUGGAAAAAUGAGCUAUCUGACUUCCCAUGCUCAGCGGAAUGUACAUGCAAGUGUUAAUCAGGUGGACAAUGCUGGAGGUAAAAGUAUUUCUGUAGCGAAAGAGAAGGUGAAUAAUCAGAAAAAUAAUUUAAAAACCCAGAGAAAAGAAAGAUGUGAAGGACAACAGUUAGAGGGUUCAUGUAGCAUCUGGUCUCCAAGGGAAAAUCAAUUCCAACAACUUGGCCUAAUCGCACCAUCAAUGCCUCAGAUUUGUACAUCUUCUGUUCUCAGUCAACAAACACAAAUUCAAGGACGUGUGUAUUCACAAUAUCAGCAUUCUCCCAACUCAUUUGUGGCCCCUUUUGUGUGUGGAAGUAAUAAAAUUCAAAAUUAUACCAGGACCAGCUUGCCACAAAUUUAUUCUAGAGAAGAUAAUCAACCAGUGCUUUCUGGUUAUAACAUUUCUCCAAGCAAUGUAAAUCCUUCAAGCAGGUCCCCGGGCACUUCCCUGAAAUCUCUGACAAUGACACCUCAGGAAAAAAUCGAAAAAUUGAGGAGGCGCCAGCAAAUGCAGGCACUGCUUGCAAUUCAAAAACAACAGCAGCAAUUAAAUCAUCAAGUCUCAAAUAAUGAUCAUUCUGUUGAGAAAAAGUGUCUGCACGAAAAUCAAAUUCAGCUGAUACAGGAAGGGAAUAUCAAAGUUGAAGAAAUUGUUUGCUCCCUACCCUCUAUUGAUCCAAACUCACCCAUUGAACAGGAUGACUCCAAUACAGUCUCUAUGAUAGUUGAUGAAAAUUAUUAUGUCGAGGAGACGAUUCUUCACCGGCUUGAAGAUAUUAUUGCCAAGUUGGACAUCCGAAUAAGACUUUGCAUCCGAGAUAGUCUGUUUCGUUUAGCUCAAAGUGCAAAGCAUAGGCAUUAUGCUAGUGAUACAAGUAGUACAAACAAAAACAGCCGAGAUGAACUUGAAGUUCUCGCAAAAGAAACUAGCAGUGACCACAGGUUUGUUAACCGGACUGCAUUCUUAUUAUUCGACAGUUUCACUCGAAUGCCUGAUAUGGAGACUGAGACCAAUCCCAUAGACCGAACUGUGGCUCAUCUGCUCUUUCACAGACCUGCAGAAUUGUCAGGAAAACAUCCUGAGACACCAGAAUCACCAGUAGUAUCUACUAAGCUCCCCAGUGAAAGAAACACUCAUGGUUUACUGAGCUUGCCAAGAGGUUUCUUUCCUGAUAAUUACAAAAGUAAACAUAACCUGUCAUAUACUGCUGGAUCAAAAAAUCCUUACUUAUUUGCUGAAGGGGAUCAUUCUAAAAACAGUUCCUGCAUCGACACUUCUGAGAAUGCAUCAAACAAUGAAGCAGCAGAUGCAGGAUGUAUGGAGAUUGAACUGUCUCAAUGAUUCAAAAGCUAUAUGAGGAUUCACUGGUAAUGAGGUUUUCUUUAAUGACCAGCUGAUUGGAUCUUCAUUGAGCGCAGGUCAUGAUGAUGGCUUAAAAGCCAUUUCCAGAAAAUGGACUUUUUCUUGAUAUAUGCAAGAAGUAUGCGUGCGUGGUUUACAAUUUUUGUAUCUAUCUCCUUUUUGAAAAAAAAAAAGAACUACGCCUCCAAUCCCCUAUCAGACCGACUCUCCAGAUGACAGUGUGUUUUAAUGUCCUCGCUAAGUCUGUGGAAGGGUGAUGCUGCUUCAACUUGAUGAGCCCUUGUCUUCGUGCACUAAUCCGUUCCAUUCCCGUAGUUCUUACUGGGUCCUUGUUUUCAAAACUUGUAUGGUAACAAGUUAUGUUUAUGUUUUGGUGUGUGUGCGCGCGCGGGGGUGCUCUGUGUGUGGCUGUGUAUGUGCAAUGUGUAUGCAUGAAAUAGUUGGUUCUUGCUUGUUGAUAUGUUAUGCUAGAAAGGUUUUUUGGUUUUUGACCAUAUAAUGUCAGUACCCCCAAGAAAUUACUACUUUUAGG